AUGGCUGCCAAUCGAUUUAGCGCAACUUUUAUGAGUUAUUCGAAGUUUUGGAGUGCGCAGCUUGUGAAGAUUUAUUUGGGUUUGUUGGCGAGUGGCGGAGCCGCGAGUGUAGACCGCAAGCUUCCGCGUUAGCGGUGGAAGCUUCCGCUUUAGCGGCCACGUGGUUUGCUAUGUCGUAGGAACCUUACGGAUUUUCCACGUCAUAGCAACCCACGUGGCCGCUUUGCGGAAGAUAGUGCCGCUAACGCGGAAGUUUCCGGUCUACACUCGCGGCUCUGCCGCUCCACGUCAUUUUUUCGAGCGUAGCGAGUGUAGACCGCGAGCUUCCGCGUCAGCGGCCACGUGGUUUGCUAUGUCGUAGGAACCUUACUGAUUUUCCACGUCAUAGCAACCCACGUGGCCGCUGAAGCGGAAGAUUCCGGUCUACACUCGCGGCUCUGCCGCUCGCCUAGAUUCCACGUCAUUUUUUCGAGCGUAGCGAGUGUAGACCGCAAGCAUCCGCGUCAGCGGCCACGUGGAUUUUUCGAGCGUAGCGAGCGUAGACCGCAAGCUUCCGCGUUAGCGGUGGAAGCUUCCGCUUUAGCGGCCACGUGGUUUGCUAUGUCGUAGGAACCUUACGGAUUUUCCACGUCAUAGCAAUCCACGUGGCCGCUGACGCGGAAGCUUGCGGUCUACAUAUUUUUUCCAGGUUCCAUUCUAAUUAUUUCUAUAAUAUCUUGCAUUCCAGUUAUCCUAGAGGACCCCAAAAAUGAGCAAUAUGUGACAGAAGUUGGCCUAACUUAUGAAGAUAUUCAGAGACUUAUUCUAGUUGUCUACGCUGUUUUCGGCGAUUCAUUUUCAGUUAUUCUAACUAUCCUAACAAUUCAUAGAAUUCGACACUUUCAAACUUCUCACGAGAAAAAAUUGAUAAUUGUAACUGCAUCACAUACAAUUAUUGCGAGCAUACUUCUGAUCUAUGAGAUCACAAAAAUGUUGAAGUUCAGUGAUCCAAUUAGCGUAUUUCUGGCGGAUUAUCGAAAAACUAUUGCUUAUUUUGGGAUAUGCUUUAAUUUUGGGACGAUUUUGAUUGCUGAUUCGAGAAUUCGACAGGAUUUUUUAGCGAUUUUUAAACUGAGCAAUGAGAUUUCGGUGAUUUCGGUUUGGAGCUCGGAUACUAAUUGA